AUGGGCUUGGGCUGGAGCACCGCGGAGGAGCGGCGGCCCCUCCUGCCGCCGCCGCCGCCGCAGGCGCGGCCGCAGGCGGGGCCGGCGGGGGGCCCGGCGGGGCGGCUGCCGCCGCUGUCGGGCCGCGUGUACGGGCGGCGGUGGCUGGUGCUGCUGCUGUUCUCGCUGCUGGGCUUCGCGCAGGGCCUGGUGUGGAACACCUGGGGCCCCAUCCAGAACUCGGCCCGCCUGGCCUUCGGCUUCAGCGGCUGGGACAUCGCCCUACUCGUCUUCUGGGGGCCCAUCGGCUUCGCGCCCUGCUUCUUCUUCAUGUGGCUCAUGGACAAGAAGGGUCUGAGGGUAACUGUGUUACUAACUUCAUCCCUCAUGGUGUUGGGAGCUGGCCUCAGAUGUAUUCCAGUCUCAGACCUAGAAAUUAGGAAGAAGCUGAUUCACGGAGGGCAGCUGUUAAAUGGCUUGGCGGGGCCAACCGUGAUGAAUGCGGCACCAUUUCUUUCCACAACGUGGUUUUCUCCUGACGAACGUGCCACAGCGACAGCCAUCGCCUCGCUGCUCAAUUACCUGGGCUCUGCUGGCGCCUUCCUGGUGGGGCCUCUGGUGGUGCCAUCUCCUAAUGGGACAGCUCACCUCCUGCUGGCAUCGCAGAGCAACACCGAGCACAUCAAGGACCGCAUCGAGGCUGUGCUGUAUGCAGAAUUUGGAAUGGUUUCCCUGAUAUUUUCCGCAGCGUUGGCCUACUUCCCCUCGCGCCCUCCAUUCCCUCCCAGCGUCGCUGCAGCGAGUCAGCGGCUCAGCUACAGGAGAAGUUUUUGCAGACUGUUAAGCAAUUUCCGAUUCUUGAUGAUUGCUUUAGCCUAUGCUAUACCACUGGGUGUUUUCUCUGGCUGGUCUGGUGUUCUGGAUUUGAUAUUAACGCCUGUUCACGUAAGCCAAGUAGAUGCAGGUUGGAUUGGAUUUUGGUCUAUAGUUGGAGGUUGCGUUGUUGGCAUAGCAAUGGCAAGGUUUGCAGAUUUUAUCAGGGGCAUGCUGAAGUUUAUACUGCUGCUGCUUUUAUCUGGAGCAACAUUAGCAUCAACCUGGUUUACUCUCACCUGUCUAACUAGUGUCACUCAUCUGCCUUUAACCACAGCUACGCUGUACACAUCCUGCAUUUUGUUGGGUAUAUUCCUCAACAGCAGCGUACCAAUAUUCUUUGAGCUCUUUGUGGAGACAGUCUACCCUGUUCCGGAAGGAAUUAGCUGUGGAGUUGUCACCUUUUUGAGUAAUGUGUUUAUGGGAGUGCUUUUGUUUUUCCUCACAUUUUACCAUACAGAGUUUUCCUGGUUCAACUGGUGCCUGCCAGGAUCGUGUCUGCUCAGCCUGCUCCUCAUCCUGUGCUUCCGCGAAUCCUACGACAGACUCUAUCUCGACGUUGUCGUCUCUGUGUGAUAACGCCAGACUGGUGAGGGGUUGGAAGAGACUGGAAGUCAGCUUUGCAGUCUGCACAUCUGCCUGGAUUUGCACAGCUGGACAGCAGAAACACAAAGAAAUUACAAGACUUAAUCAUGGCUUUAUUUAGAGAGGGUGAGGGACGGGUUGUUCUUAUGUUCAAGACCACCUUGAUUUGCUGUAAAUGUGGAACUUGAGUGGUGAUAAUGAUGCCAAAAUGCACAAAGAGAAUAUAUCUGCUGUUCAGGUCCCAGUGCCAGAGCUGGGGCUCUCUAUUUAAGGGGCUGUCGAUGUGUUGCAGUGAGGUGUACGUUUUGUGUGUGUGUGUGUGUGCCUGUGUGCUGACUUACGGUUAUAUGCACCAGGGUACCAGUAAUCUUUGGAGUCUUCUAUCAGAAUAGAAAUAAGGAAUAAUCUUAACAAAAGGAAAAAGAGAAAGGAAAAAAAAUCUUUUCUUUAAGAUCUCUUCUAAGUCACUAGUCAUUUAUAUAUUGAAUGUCCAUUAAACAGUACACUACAUUUACAUUCUAAUAAAGUGAUUUCUGAUAUAAGACACUGGUACCAGGGUUUUUAGCCAUACUAAAUAUCCCAAAUAAUCCUUGCAGUGUUGUUAGAGGUGUUUGUAAUCACCCUGGAGCACAAGUAAACAAUAGCUUUAGCUGCCACCGAAUCCCAACUUGCACCCACAGUCAUCUCUGAAAUACCACUGUGGUUCCAUAUCUCCUGAAUAUGGAACAUUUGUGGUGUACUGGAGAGUCACUCUUGCUAAAUGUUGUUCUAAAAGCCACCACUGUGUCACCUUUCCAUCCCCUGUCUCCAGUACUGCCUUUUUUACUGUGAAGACCUGUUUGUGACAUGAAUACUGUGGAUGUGGCUGUCUGAGUCCUGCUAGUUCUCUUCUGAUACUCUAAGGUGUGUGUGGAUUUUAGAAAUAGUUAAUGAUUGAGGGUGCCUAAACAAUAUUGCUUGUAACCCAAGUCUUGAGAAACCACUGUUUCCUAAAAAAAAAAUCUUUCUAGUUGAUGAGGUGUGCUGAUAGCGAAAUGACAAUGAGAAAUAACUCAUGAGUUCUGGCAUAAUAUGGGAAAUUAAUGCCAGCUCUUUUUAUCAAUACUAAUCUGUGGUCAUUCUGGCCCUUACUUGAACAUAAAUAUUAAAGACACUUUGAAUAGUUUUUUAAAUCAAUUUUUAAACCUGCUAAUAAUUUCUUAAUUAUAUUCUUAGAUUUCAGUUCAGCAUCAUUUGCAAUAUUUCUGUGUGUGUGUGUGUUCCAUGCUUUAUUGUUACGGGGGUGUGUUCGUGUGUGUGUGUGCGUGCAUAUUUAUAUCUAUGUACACACAAAUAAAACUUAUAUAUAUAACAUAUAUAUAUAAGUUAUAUAAGGGUAUGUGUUUACAUAGGUUUAUUUUAAGUGAUCCUGUCUGGGGAUGGUGGUUUGCCUGUUUGUAACUAAGCCAGUCACUGCUGUGAAUGGAAACACGAGCAUACGCUGUCUGCGACAGGAAUUUUUUUCAGGGGGCGAAUGAUUUCCUGUUGUGGCAGCUUUAUCACAGGGGGUGGGUGCACGUGUUGGAGGAGCCUGGUGUGCAGGAUUCUGUGUCUGCAGGAGUCUGAAUCAAGCACCCUCUGCUCCAGUGUGGGGCUCUUCUCUGUGGCCCUGGGGUGACACCAACGCUGUAAGCUCACUCAAAUAAACCCUGAACUGAGCGCUACUUUUCAGACACGAAUCUGUUCGUUCUGCCUGCUCUCCUUUUGCAGAGAGUAUACGCCACUAAGACCUUUAACUCAGGAGUGUGUCUGUGCAGUAAAAUAAAACGAGUUGUUCCCUGC